AUGACCCAAAAAUUGAUGAUUGCUACUGUACUGGUUACCGUAACCAUAGCCAGUUUUAUUCCACCCUAUUACGGUUCUGGUCAUCAUCAUGAUCAUGAUCAUGGCGGUCAUCAUAGAGGAUUUUAUGGCGAACAUGAACGAGAUCAUGACUUAUACGACAAACAUUAUGGGGAUUACGAUACUGAGCAUGGUGGCCAUGAAGAAGGGCACCUCCAUGAAAAAUAUGGACAUGAUGAUGGACACAAGGGCCAUCACGAAUCUGCUUACGAUGAUCAUGGACACUCAGAAGGUGGGAGCUACUAUGACAAAGACGCAGCCUCAGGUCAUAAACAAGAAUCCUACGAAGAUGGAGCAAAGCACGGAUCAGCAGGUUCUGGCCCUGAAGGUGAAUACCAAAAAGGCUACUAUGGCUCAGUAGGCUACGAAGAUUCGAAGCACGAUUCCAAGUAUACAGCUGGAGGUUCUGGUAGCGGGUUCAAGAAGGGCCAUGACGAUCACGGUAGCGAACACCAUGACGACCAUAGUGACCAUGAGAAGGCUGCUGCAGCUCGUUCGGGUUAUGGUGAUCACUACAAAUCAGGCCACUACGGCAAGAAGAAAGAAGGCCAUGGUAGUAUGAAUCAGCAUAAUGGCUGGAAAAACAGUGGUUACGAAUCAGAACAUGGUUCGCAUGGAUCACACUAG